UCACCUGUAGAAGCAAAGGAAACUGCAUCCCUUAAUCCCUUCUCCAUUUGUUUUGAUGGUCUUCACUCCCCACUCCUCUCUCCCCCCGCAUACACCUUGUUACCAACAGGAGGAGGAGCAAUCUGAGUUUCCAGAGGAAACCUAAACUCUCGUGGCUUUGAUUUUUCUCGUUUAAUUACUGAGCAUCUUUUGAAAUCCUCCCCCACCCAGGUAACCUGGACUGGCAAGCUGGAUGUAAAACCUCUCUGAGUAGGGGGAAGGUCUCUUAUUUGCCAUGGCAGCCAACAGCCACCAGGUCCAAACCCAUUCCCCUCAGGAAACACUAAAUUCUGUUUGCCACCAUCCCCUGAAUCUGAACAGCCACCCUCUGUCUAAGAGCUCCUCAAGUCUGGCGUGCAUUGGGCAAGUGAGUUCUGAUGAAAGACAGAGCAGCAAACAAGAUCUCAAGAAGAGCCUCAGUAGUACUGUCUGCCAAACACAGGUGAGUGAGAAUGAUGUUGGAAGUACCCCUAGUUCUGAAUGGUCUUCUACACAGUCGGGAAUGGUGGAAAGUUCAUCUGCUGUCAGAACCACGAGUGAUCAGUCACCAGGUGAUAAUGUGCAGAACAGAGCUACCACUACAAACCGCUUCCUGACCGUUGACCAGAUUCCAAUAUCCCUGGAAGAAAAGGACACUAGGAUGCAUGUCAAGAGUAACACUGUUGAAAAUAUUUCUUCAGUCUGUGAUACACACCAGCAAAGUGUGAAUAGAACGGAAGGACUGGAAGCUGCAGUUCAGAGAAGCCAUUCUGACCUAAUAUGCAGUUGCAAGCAGCAGAGUUCUGUCACCCACAUGGAAACCAGUGCCACACACUCCAUUAUAAGUUCUUCUAGCAGUAGUUAUGAUACAUCAGUGCAUAACACGUCUUUCCUAAGACCGAGAUAUGGCUCUGGAACAUAUGAAAAUACUCCUAACUAUCAAAACCGGGUGACUCAGAUUCCCACGUCAUAUAGCGACCAAAAAGUGCCCACAAACAGCUUUGACAGUGGUGGUAUAACAUAUAACACUACCAUUUAUACAGAUCCUGGAACAUUUCACACUGCCGUUCUAGGACCACACAUACCAGGAAGUGGUUUCCCAAACAGGACAAUGUGCAGUCAAUCAAUUGGGCUUAGUCAAGGUGGCAUGACUUACAAUAACAUAUCAAGCAGUAUAUACCCUGCCACAGUGAUGACAAUUCACAACAGCACUGCUCUACCCUGCAGUGCAAGGCAGGACUCUGCUAUGAAGAUAGACGGCACUGUUUCUGCCUAUUGCCAUUCUUUGCCAAUACCAUCUCUUCAACUUGUUCCAAGGUUGGUAUGCUCAGUUAGUGAAUCGGGAAGAGAACAGGUAACUCCUGGAUAUCGUCAGUCCUUGGCUACUUCAGAUAUCAUGACCUUUCCUAAACUUGUGUCAUCUGUUAGCGAAUCAGGUCUGGAUGCAAAGCGAAUCCUGAAAUGCUGUAGUGUUCCUGGGGAGCAUCUGUCACAUGCUCAGCACUGCAUUCAACAGAGCAGAGCUCAACAGGAAACGAAGGCUUCUUACAUUGUGUUGCAUGACCAGCAAUGUGCAGAUUUGAUAAUGAAGACUAAAGACACAUGGACUAUGACCUCUAUGAAUGACUUAACCAAAGGACUGAAAUCUCCUCUUCAGUGCAAAGAUGCAGAGGUACAAACCAUUUCAACAGUGGAAUGCAAGUCUGUGGCCACAAGCCCAUCUGUUGUAGCUGAAGGUCACCCUCAUGUGUUCCCAGAGGUUAAUUUAGAACAUGACCAAGAGGCCCCAAAGUCUCCAGUACGUGAAGUGAGAUGGGAUGAUGAAGGGAUGACAUGGGAAGUAUAUGGGGCAGCCGUGGACCCAGAAGUUCUUGGAUUAGCCAUUCAAAAACAUCUUGAAAUUCAGAUAGAACAAUUCCAUACAGAGCCUAUAGAGCUCUCUAGGAAAAGUACUGAGGAGUCACCUCCAGCUAAAGAGGCAAAGAAAAGGCCAUUUAGAACAAUGAUGCACUCUUUGAGACACCCAAGCUGCUGUGCCCGUUCCAAUACUGUUGUGGAGUGAACAUAGCUACAUGACUGCAACAUUUAAACUGUCUUGUAAAUAAACAUUACAUCUUAAGACUUAACGCAGCUAGUGUGGACAAUCCAGUCACUUUAGAAUAGGGUGGGAAACUGUGAGUUGAUAUAAAAUAAGAAACUCCAAGGAGAUCUAUUACCUGAGAACUCAACAAGAAACUCCAAGGAGAUCUAUUACCGGAGAAAGCAGAAGGGUUGUAUAUUUGUAGCUCCUUGACUUUUUUGUUUACUGUAGUACUCCUCUGUCCUUGUGUAUUAGAUGUGAAUAAUAUUACAAGCAAUGAUACACUUUUUUUCUAAAAGACAGAUCUUUUAAGGUCAUGUUAUUGUACUUUGUACUUUAAUAAUUUCUAGUUAGGAAAACUUACUUACAUUCUUUAGCAUCCUAUUUAGAUUGAAAUUGUUUGGGGAAAUAGUAUGCUGUUUUUAAAAACUAUAACUUAAUUGCAUUUUAGACUUUACAGAGCCAUAAAUACCACUUUAGUAAUAGAUAAAGGGCAUAAUAUUAAUUACACUGUAAUUGCUAUAUAGUUAAUGAGUAAGAGUGAUCUGUAAUAUAAAUGUGCAGAGUAACUUCAAUUCUGCUAGUCUGACUUAAUUCUAUACAUCACAUGUGUCACGGACAAUGUAUAGAUAGACGACACUACUGCAACAUCACUUAAAUUAGUCUAUAUAGUUAUAAUGAAUUACACGAUAAGUAUCCAAAGGAAUUAGUACUUGCAAUGUAACUAAGACAUAAAUGUACAAUAUUACCAAAGAUACCUAAUGGAUCAUGAAUGACUCAUGUAAUGUGAAUUUUAUCCUGAAUAACUCUUUCUUACAAACACAUGACACAAAAAAAGGAUCUCAGGUUAGUCUGUCAUAUUGUGUCUAUAUUACAGAUUAUAAGUGGUCAGUUUGGUUUCCUGACAUUAAAUGUAAUUUUUAGUGAUUUCUGGAUGUGCAUCUACAUUGAAUUGUGAUUUUUUAAAAACUGCAUAUGUGAUAAAUGUAUAGUCACAGGGAUGCCUAUUUGGAUGUGUACAGUACACUAGCGGAGGGACCAUCCUGAGCAACUUGCCCUCCACCAACCUCGUGUCCUCAUUUGGCUGGAGUGAAACAUGUUCCUAAAAGUCAGGUUUCUGUUCAUUUGCUUUUAAUAUAAUGCAACUUAAACUAUAAGGUUAAAAUUUCCAGCUAAUGAUUUGCCAUGUGAACUGUAGGAUCCCCUCUUCCCAAAAUUUGUGUGUGUGUUCACACACAAAUUUUGGGAAAUCAUUUGACAAUAAUGGGAUAGUUCUGAUCACUGUAAUUUUUUUCAAAAUAAUUGUAAUAAGUCCUAAAAUAGUAUUGGUAUUGAUUAGAAGGGAAUUGUAAGCGGAAGAAGAGACCAAUUAGGAUCAAUGUCUCUUAAACAAUGAUAGGCUGCUAUACAGUGUAGAUUAGAAGCUAGUACUACAACUACUAGGUUAUAUAAACUGCUGCAGUGAAUAAACCUAUAGUACUGUACUGGCACAGAUUUGCUACUACAUUACCAAUAUCUGAUUAUCACUGUAGGAGAAAAAUAAACAGCAAAUGAAGGGGAAGGACAGUAAGGCAAUCAGGUCAAUGUCUUGCUAAUCAAAAAAACCAGAUGCUCCCUUAUUUUGGGCAUUUCAGGUCUUUAGGCUUCUAAUUGAGUCACUGUGGCUUGUUAACAAAUAUAGUGUGUGCAUCUGCGGAUUUCCUUUGCUUUUGGAAAGGAUUAAAAUAGAAGAGAUUUUUAAUGGGAAUUUAGGAAAACUAAAAUAUUCAUCUGAAUAUUAACUCUGUGGAUGAAAUAUGAAGACUGCCUCUUUUUUCACUUUGGAUGUGGUCCUUGGAAAGUUACUUUUCGCAUUUUGAAUCUAAAUGCCUGUCAGGUAACACGUUCAUUGAAUCUUUUCCAUUUUUGACCACUGUUCAAAAUUCUUGUUGUGAAUGUUCAUGGAACUGGGGAUGGGGAUAGAUUUAUCAGAGGCAGAACAGUAGUUUUUGACUUCUGAGUUCUAAUGACCUGGAAUGCUGUAGAUUCAGGCUUGUCUGCAUUUAAAAUUUAACUAACAGCUGUUGAAAGAGAAUUGGCACCAAAUUUAUGUUCCAAAAACCAGAAGAUGCUACUCUGGAUAACAGUUGGUGUUGACCUGUCUAGAUGCUGGGGAGAAGGGCAUGUUGGAACUAUCAAGACAGUGGCUAAUUAAUAAAUUUUAGAGAAUGGUAACUUAGCACUAGAAGGACUAGCUAGAAACUGAACACAUGGAUUCCUCACGGCUUGCUUAAAGUAUAAGUUACAAAGCUGUUCCCUUCUAGGUCACUGGUUCAGCUCUAGUCCAAAUUGGCGUUGACUGAGAAUAGGUAAUACCUGAUGUGGGUGUUUAUUAGGUAGUAUGUGUGAAAUGAGUUAUCUUAGUCCAGUUACCAAUAAACAAGUAUCAAUAUCAUUAAAUCUGCUGUUUCCAAUCUUGGAGAAGAGGCCAAGAACUGAAUUAGACCCUCUCUCGCUUAUUGAAAGUAGCCCCUCAAGAUCAGUAUUAGAGAUUAAUUGGGCUAGGCAGUGAAGAAGAAACUUGCAAAAUAACCAUCUGUGCUGUACCUGUUCUUGGUUGGAGUUCUUUGAUCUCCAAGACUUUCAUGAGCACUAACCAGGCUCCAGUUUUUUUGAGAGACAACAAAUAACACCAGCACUUACUAAAAUAAUAAAAAUAAAAAAUAUGCCUGUUGAUCUUUUUUUAAUCUGGCCCUAGGAUUAUAAACCAUAAACUCUGAGCUUGGUGCACCUGAAUCUGCACCAGGACUCCAAGAAGAGAAUUUCCAUCCCCAGAGGCUCCACUUGCCUUCAUGUGAAAGAAUGCAAACUGGCAAUGAAUUCAAGACAACCUGGUAUUCUGCCUCCCAGUGUGGCUAAUUGCUGGUACUUCAGAGGAAAAGAAUCCCUACUCCCUAUAAGGCAAUUAGCCAGUUGUUUAAAGACGUAUGUGUUUGGGGAGGCAUUUCUUCCUGCCGUCCUUAUGAUCUGAAGCAAUAAGAAAGGAUCACUUCUGUGGUGGCAGGCUCAUUACACAAUUAUUUAGCUUUUUUGUAAAUCCAAGGAAAUAGUGAUCUGCCAGUAAGUGUGGUGAGGUAAGAGGUCCUUGGUGGGACAGAAGGUUGUUUGUUCCUUGUUAAAAUUAGAACAAAGUCAUAUAGUUCUUUGUAGGAAAAACACUUUGGGGGAGGGUGCGGCUAAGCCAUAAUGUCUGAUGUGGGGCUCUUACCACAAGAUUGGGAGCCAGAAAUUUCUGAGUUCUAGUCUUGGAACUGACCCUUACAUUCUCUGUCACUUGGGCAAGACACUGCUCUCAUGAGUUUUCCCAACUGUGAAGGUAAUACUUGCAACUGUUCCUUGCAGCCAUGUUGAGGUGAUUAAUUCAUGGUUUCAAAGCUCUUUGAAAAUGAAAAAUGCUAUAUUAGUGUUAAGUAGUAUUGUUAAUUGGAAAAAAGGGGUGGGAGAAGAAUGGUUUAUUAGAUGGAAAUAAGUCCUGUCAGUAAACCCUUAGUGUGGGCUAAAUAACCCUACAGAACUCUUCAUGACACUAGUCAUUUAUGUCUUGCUUUCUUGGCUAGGAAGAUAGAGAUUAUGGGGUUUAUUUGGUUUAUAAAUUACAUUUUUUUCACUUUCUUCAGCAAAAUAGCUUUGAA